AACUCGGACUCCUGAUUAUUGCCAUCUCCCGUCACGGACCCCCGACGCCUCAUCUCCACGAGAAACCCGCCUGCCCUCCAUCCGAGUGACCUCCCUUGACGUCUAUCGAAACAUCCAUUCCUCGUCCAUUCGCACGAUCGUCCCCUUCGUUCGCGACGAUACGACCGGGCUUCGCCGGACCUCUCGCUCACUCUUGACGAAACGCCAUCCAUAUCACGUCGAAUCUGUCGCUUGGCCUCGACUCCGUCCAUCGCUCGAAUAUCCUUUCACCAUCACCCCUGUCGAGAACUUCAUCCGACCCUCGACGGAACCUUCCAACCGCAUACCUCGCACCCCGUUCCAACCAUUCGACGUUGCCAUUUCGCCAUCUGCCCUUCCGAAAGACUCAUCGCCGUAGGUCGGCCGUAGCCCAUCAUGUCAGGCUUCGGCGACUUCACCAACAUCUGCCACAUGGCGCCGCUGCCAUUGUGCGCAUCCAUCGGCCCCAUUACGGAGGUGACGAGUGGCGUUGGUAUUGAGCCGGACUGCUACGCGCGCAAUAUCGAGCUGGCAAACACCAUCAUCUUUGAGGGUGCUGCCAGCGCUAUGCACAUUGUGUCUCUGCUCAUGACCGUCGUCAUGAUCUUGCACAUUCGUGGCAAGUUCACUGCUGUCGGCCGCAAGGAAAUCCUCAUGUUCUUCUACAUCUACAUGCUUCUGAGUUUCAUCUCACUUUGCGUCGACGCAGGUGUCGUGCCCCCUGGAUCCGACCCCUACCCGUACUUCGUGUCAGUUCAAAACGGCUUGUCAUCAGCUCUGAUUACUUGCCUGUUGAUCAACGGCUUUGUUGGCUUCCAGUUGUACGAAGAUGGCACCUUCCUCUCCGUUUGGCUGCUGCGCGUCUGCUCUCUGGUAGCCUUUGCGAUAUGCUUCCUCGUCUCCCUUGCGACCUUCAAAUCGUGGGCUGGCCUGGGUCCCACCAACACUGUCGGCCUGUUCGUCGUCCUGUACUUGCUUAAUGCUAUUGAGCUCUUCGUCUACGUUGCCCUGCAAAUCCUCCUCGUCGUUAGGACUCUCCAGGACCGCUGGCCGCUGGGCGACAUUGCGUUUGGCAUCUUCUUCUUCGUCGUUGGCCAAGUGAUUCUGUACGCCGUGAGCACACAGAUUUGCACCGCUGUUAGCCACUACCUCGACGGCCUUUUCUUCGCCACCAUCUGCAACCUGCUGGGUGUCAUGAUGGUGUACAAGUACUGGGACUCUAUCACCCGCGAAGACCUCGAAUUCUCAGUUGGAACUAGGAUGAACAACUGGGAGGUCAAGGAGCUGUUGCCAGAGGAGGAUCGUCGAGCGACUGUUUAUGACAACGACCCCUACAACCACACCGGUGGAUACGAUCACUCCUACUCCCCCUCUCCAGCACCAGCGCGUUACUCCGCAAGGUACUGAUGCGGCGAGAUUGGCGGCGAGGAUGUGCAUGACAACGCCUAGACAUCGAAUGGGCGUUUUCCACGGCGAAAUUUCAUGACAGGAGUCCGGAUCUUGCCGAUCUGCAGCGAAUGUUCUUCGGACAUCUGUGUUACUUUGGGGAUGACGACGACUUGGGCAUUGAAUCAGAAUGGCGUUUGGGGGUAAAAACUGUCUUUACAGGUCGGGCUGCAUCCCGAGACACGGCCGAUUUUGAGUUUUUGGGUUGAGGCGGGCGGCCGAGGCGGGGCCUGCCGGUUGUA